GGAUGGAUGUCUGAGCCCUCUCUUGAGUGAAAUCAGACAAACAAUUUCCUCCACUAGCAUGGGGACAGCAUCAACUCAGUAAACCUGGUGGUGCUUCCGUCCAGUUCAGUUCAGCUUUUACAGGCUCCAUUUGAAAUCUUUUUCCUAAAAUGGAGAGGUCAAUGCAUCAUUUGCACACGACACUGUCUCUGCUUUCCCUGGAGCAGUAGAGGAACACUGUGAUCACAGCACACAUCUGGAUCUUAUCGUCUUUUUAUUUUCAUUUUUGUAUUUUCAUCUGAGAGAAGAGAAAACAAGCAUAUUUCUCAGAUUCAGCAUGUUUGGAUGUCUAUUUUCUCCCUGUUAGCAUCAUCUGAAAGCAGGGGGUAUCUGCCAGGAAUAAGUCUGUGUAACGGUCUGUCUGAAGAUAUUCCUGUCGGUGAUGUUUGGGAAGGUGAAGAUGUGUAAUCCUGCUGAAUGUAACCUGGUGAUUCUUGGUGUGAUGGGCUGCGGGAAGUCAGCACUGACAGUCAAAUUCCUCACAAAACGCUUCAUCACUGAAUACGACCCUAACCUAGAAGACAUCUACUCAUCUGAAGAGGUGGUGGACCAGCAGCCCGUCACACUGAGAGUGAUGGACACCUGUGAACAGGAAGGUCCAGUGAACAGUGAACGUUAUCUGUCAUGGGCAAAUGUCUUCCUGGUGGUCUACAGCAUUGAUAACAUGGAGAGCUUUAAUGGCUGUCAGCUGUACCUGCAGACACUUGCCUCACACAACAAAACCUUCAGGCCACAAACUCCCAUCAUACUUCUGGGCAACAAGAAGGACAUGGACAGAUACAGACAGGUCCGUCAGUCGGAUGGUGAGGCCUUGGCGUCUCGUUUUGGAUGUGCAUUCUUCGAGGUGUCAGCCUGUCAAGACUUCCACUCUGUACAGCAAGUCUUCCACGAGGCAGUGAGGAGGGCAAGGAAAGGUGGUGCCUGUGGCUGCUUGGUCCCGGCCAUCUAUGCCAGCGAGGACAAAGCACUUCUGGGUGUCCCAUCCUUUACUACACCAUGUUACAAGGAGCUGCCAGUGCCUGCCAAUGCGAAACUGAUCACAGUGAAGACAUCCAGAGCUCAGAGCAAACGGAGAGCUUCCACUCUCACCUUACUCAAAGGGUUUAAGAUAUUUUGACACAUUCUACUGCAUGUCCUGUGAUACUGUGAAGGACUUGUAGGUCCUUAUGCAGACAGGAUUCCGAAGAAGCAGGAGCAGCUCCACCCUUCACAGACAUUUGGCAGGUUCAACGAAAAAGCCAGAGCAAUCUUAACGGAAGGCUCUUCUUAAUAUGUUGAUUUUAUGUUGAGGUUUUAGUUUGUUUCUCUUAUGACCUCCUUAAUGUUGUCAUACAUCCACUGAAAUGAUGGAUAAACCAAACCAUUAUGUCACAUUAUGUCACUGAGAAAAAGACAUGCAUGCCUUUUAAGCUUGCUCUUCCAAUGUGGUGAGCAGCAUGAAGGAAGUUCUUCCUCUACGCUAAGCAAUGUUUUCCCAUAUUAGAGACAUUUAUACGAACAAUGACAAGUCCGAAAGGCCUUCAAAAACAAAGCACUAUGAUUAAGUGAUUUAUUGUGAUGCAAUAAUAUCUGAGGCAUCAGCACAACACACAAAAGUACUCAAAUCUUAUUAAGUUUUUCCCAUUUCAGUUCACAACACAUGAUGGAGGAAGAAUAGAACAUUCUGUUCUAUUCUUUAGCCACCCCAACACAAACAAUGGUGAAGCCCAUUGGGGGGAACACACAUAAGCAGAUCUGAACUUACAACCAGAAACUUUUUUUUUUUUUUUUUUAGAAUACCUUUACAGGGAACCAUUUUUAUACAACUUUUGUUCCCACAUGGACACAUUUUAUGAGCGCAACCACCCACUGAAACUGUAAUGUAAACUGUUAUGAGCUUUAUUAAGAAUGAAUAAAAAAGAGACUUGAGCAAC